UAAGAAGUGUGGAAUUACUCCACCAGAUCCGAUCCUCGCUAAAUAAAGUCAUACUCCUAUUGAGGGGGAGAGAGCGAAGAGCGCUUGAGAUCUGGGAAUUUGCAGAGAUAAAAAUGGCUUCGUUUGACGCCUUUAGUAUGGACACAGAGCAGCCGACGACAGCUGCUUUUGUUGACGGUGGCUAUGGCGGCUACUCUGAAUUCUCUUCCGAGACGCCGCCCUACCAACCUGCCGGCGGUUUGUCUGAGGACUACGUUGAAGUGACUGCGGAACAUACCCUUGAAUCUGUCGACAGCCCCGUUCCUUACAGAUUCGGGUCGGAUUCGUACCAGGGACAUGCCACUCCAUUCGGAUCCUCUCCUAUACCAGUCUCAAACGGUAACGGCAAGCCCUAUGACCUUGGGGAAGAUUCUGAGGGUGUAUUCAGCUCCGAAGGCACCGUGCUUCCUCCUCCCAACGAAAUGCGAGAGGAGGGCUUUGCUUUGCGCGAAUGGAGAAGGGAAAAUGCCAUUCGACUUGAGGAGAAGGAAAUGAAGGAAAAGGAAUCAAGAAACAAAAUUAUUGAAGAAGGGGAAGAGUAUAAGAGAGCUUUUUACGAAAAAAGAAAGCUCAAUAUUGAAACUAAUGUGACCAUUAACAGGGAAAAGGAGAAGUUAUACUUGGCUAACCAAGAGAAGUUCCAUAAAGAAGCUGAUAAACAAUACUGGAAAGCCAUAGCUGAACUAAUUCCAAACGAGGUACCCAGCAUUGAGAAGAAGGGCAGGAAGAAGGAUCAGGAGAAAAAGCCAUCAAUCAUUGUGGUUCAAGGUCCCAAACCAGGAAAACCUACUGAGCUUUCAAGGAUGCGCCAAAUUCUUGUGAAGCUUAAGCAUAGUCCACCACCGCACAUGAUCCCACCCCCUCCUGCUCCUGCUAAGGAUGUCAAAGAUGGGAAGAAGGAAACGAAAGAUGCCAAGGAUGGGAAAAAUGUCAAGGACGGGACAGAAGCAGGUGGGCCUGCCAAUGAUGCUAAAAGUGUUGCUUCCACAUCAGAAGAACAUGCUACAACCCAGACUCAGGGUCAGCAACCCUCUGCAUGAACCUUUCUGAUCUAUUUGUGGGACAACCCGGACACAGGGUCAGCAGCCCUAUUGAAUCUUUCUGAUCUAUUUGUGGGCCCUGGGUUUUUUCUCAUGUUGCUUACAAAUUUUGUAUUAUUUGUAUUACUCGUUGGUCUUGCAGAGUUACGCUUACAGUGUUUGUAGAAUGUGUCACUUGCUUCGUUAUACUGUUGAGAUUGUGGAGUACUGUUUCACUUGGUGUUCAGUAUACGUUUGUGUAUCCUUGACCCGCUUUAUGACAUGGAUUUUCUAUUUUUUAUCAU